GUAAUGCGCGUGUGUACACUUCACUACUGAUCUCUAAGGGGAUUUAGGAACAACACCAUUCGUCAAUGACGAGGACAGUAGAGGGAAAGGCUUGUAGUCGGUGGACUGGUGCUGAACAGCACCUGACGAUCUCAGUCCUCUUCAUCUUAGCUUUAUAGAUCGCAAUUUUAGACAUAGGCCUAUUGUCUAAACACAGACUAAACGGAAUUUUGUUUGACGCGUAUGUGAAGGACGCAUUAUUUGAAAAAAGCGACUACAUGCUUCUAUUAAAUAGAUGAGAAAAGGAACACAUUUAAAGAAAGUCCCGCUUGUAGUGAAACUAUUAUAAUUGGUUGUUAUUUGGCGACGAAAUAGCUUAAAUAUAAGACGAAGAGCAGGUGGUUUUGAGUAGGGGCAAUGCAGGUAAUGCGCAGGAUGUUUGAUAAGUGCCCAGUCUAGUAUUGACGCCAGUUUUCCACCCAAGUUGAGGGCACUCUGAACAGAAGUGACCAUGAAGGACACAGGGGAAACGAAGGAUCAGCAACUCACUGUUGCCUUGCGGAUCCGACCCCUCAGCGAUGCUGAACAGGAAGAGGCAGCCACCAUUGUGGCCCACAGAGUGGAUGACCAGAUGGUGGUUCUCAGGGACCCUAUGGAGGACCCCGACGAUAUCCUGCGUGCCAACCGCUCCAGGGAGAAGACCUACAUGUUCGAUGUGGCGUUCGACUUCUCAGCCAAUCAGGAGGAAGUGUAUCGCUCCACCACCAAGGGCCUGAUUGAGGGCCUCAUCUCAGGCUACAAUGCCACUGUCUUCGCUUACGGACCCACAGGUUGUGGGAAGACGUAUACAAUGUUGGGGACAGACAAGGAACCAGGGAUCUAUGUACGUACUCUGAACGACCUGUUCCGCGCCAUUGAGGAGACCAGCGAUGACAUGCAGUACAGCGUCUCCAUGUCCUACCUGGAGAUCUACAACGAGAUGAUCCGGGACCUUCUGAACCCGUCUUUGGGCUUCCUGGACCUCAGAGAGGACUCCAAGGGGGAGAUCCAGGUGGCGGGCAUCACCGAGGUGUCCACCAUCAAUGCGCGCGAGAUCAUGGAACUGCUGAUGAAAGGGAACAAGCAGCGCACCCAGGAGCCCACGGCGGCCAAUCAGACGUCGUCCCGCUCCCACGCCGUGCUGCAGGUGGCCGUGAGGCAGCAGAGCCGCUCUCCAGACGUGCUGCAGGAGGUCCGCUUCGCCCGCCUCUUCAUGAUCGACCUGGCCGGCUCCGAGCGAGCCUCGCAGACUCAAAACAGGGGUCAGAGGCUAAAAGAGGGGGCGCACAUCAACCGCUCCCUCCUGGCAUUGGGCAACUGCAUCAACGCCUUGAGCGAGAAGCACAGCAACAAGUACGUCAACUACCGGGACAGCAAGCUGACGCGCCUGCUAAAGGACUCGCUGGGCGGGAACAGCCGGACGGUGAUGAUCGCUCACAUCAGCCCCGCCUCCUUGGCCUUCGAGGAGUCUCGGAACACUCUGUCCUACGCCGACCGCGCCAAGAGCAUCCGGACGCGGGUCAAGAGGAACCUGCUGAACGUGUCCUACCACAUUGCUCAGUACACGAACAUCAUCUCCGAGCUGCGCAGUGAGAUCCUGCGCCUGAAGCAGAAGAUCGCCGACCAGGCCGGCCGCCAGCUGAGCUCUGACCGCGCGGACAUCCGGCACGUCCAGGCGGAGGUGCAGGCUCAUUCCAGCCAGCAGAGCCGGGCUGAGAUGGACCAGCUGAGGGAACAGCUCCUGGACGCCUUCCGCCAGCAGAUGGAGAUCAGGAAGAGCCUGAUGGAGCUGGAGAACAGCAACAUGGAGAUCCAGCUGGACAUGUCCAAACACCUGCACACCGUCACCGACUGGGAGCAGGAGCGAAGCCGUCGCAGGAAGAAGUGGCGAGCCGAGAGGAGGAAGGAGAGCUUCAACAAGGACGAGAGUGAGAAGGACUCGGACUCCCCAGAGUCUCCGCCCGACAGCACUGAGACCCAGCAGGUGGCCAUGGCCAGGGAGACCCUGGUCACCCUCAUGGCGGAACAGAAAAAGACCCUAAAGCAGAAGGCGUCGCUGGAGCGCCGCUUCCUGGAGCUGCGGGAGCGCGCCCAGCGCCUGGAGGAGCUCCUGCCCCGCCGGGUGAGCUCCGAGGAGCAGCGCGAGGUGCUGGGCCUCCUCUGCAAGGUCCACGAGCUGGAGAUCGGCAACGCCGAGAUGCAGUCGCACGCCCUGCUCAAGGACAACGUGAUCCGCCAGAAGGACUUUGUGGUGCAGCGCUACGAGCAGCACAGGCUCCUGUGCGACGAGAUCAUCCAGCAGCAGAGGCGGUUCAUCGACGACAACAGCCUCCUGGUCCCACCCCACCUCCAGGACCUGUACGAGAUGUACUUGAGGGAGCUGGAUGAGAGAAACCUGAAUCGAGCCAUGGCCCUGGAUAAGUUAACCGGGCGCACCUACAAGGAGGGCUCCCUGCCCAAGAUCACCCUGCCCUGCCAGGGCCGAGACCACCUGCCGGAGCUGGACUCGGACCAGGAGAGCAUUCGAACCAUGGGCUCCGACAACAGGCGCGGGCGGGCCCGCCGACACACCCUUCCCCCAAUCCUACCUGAGCCAGUAGGGGACAACAACCGCAUGUUCAAGAACAGCCCUCACGCCCGACAGAUGAAGCAGUCGGUGGUGAUGACACCACCUCCCAUCCACAUCAACGGCCAGGGCAACCGGGAGCUGCAGCCCUCCGCCCCAGAGAGCGCCCUGAGCUACAACCACCUGAGCCACAGCGUCAGCAGCCAUCUGGACUCCUCCCCCGAGAGCAGCGAGACGGGCGCCGAUGUCCCCCUCUCACGCAAGGAGAGGCAGCAGAUCCUGAAAGGCGUCCAAAGCAUCGCGGUGAAGGCCGCCCGCCGACGCUCCAAAGCCCUGGAGGUGGACGCCCUCCGGCUGCCCCCUCCCCCCUCGCCCCUGGACCCCAAGAAGCAGAAGAGCAGUCUGUCCCUGAGCGAGGCGCCCCCCAGGGGCCCGGCCCUGCGCUACGGCCGGCAGCCCAGCCCAGAGCUGCGACACGCCACCUCUGACGACAAUCUGUCCAGCAGCACCGGCGAGGGCCCCGGGCCCCAGGGCCCCUGGACACGCCCGCGCCACCGCGCCCAACCCGCCCCCAAGAUCCCCACCCCCCGGGAUCAGGAUUUCGAAACCCGUCGCAGGAAGAGGCGUUCCCGCUCGUUCGAGGUCACCGGCCAGGCGUUGCCUCAGUCAAAGACCACUACUGCACAACGGUUCCGCCCUCUGGACAGUACAUCAGACCCCCACCUCCACAUCAACGGCCAGCCCCAAGCCCCCCUGCUCCGCCCUCAGCACAGGGGGGUCCCUCCUCUCACCAAAGUCCGGCUGCCCCACAACAGCCAGCAAACAGAGGCCUCCCCACUGGCUCACACAAGCACCCUUAAGCGUGUAUCCCAGCUCAGGCAGCCUCUGCUCUACAUCACCACCACGGGGGCCGGGGGCCAGCGCACACGCAGGCACUGAAGACCUGGGAGGCAGCCCAACACCAGCACUGAUCUGAGCCUGGAGGGAAAUUCGCUGACUUCUCCCUUCCUCAGAGCUUGUUUUCUGGGCAGGGAGGUCUAGGAUGAGCCCCUCGUUCUACAUCACCGACAGAGGGAGAACCGGGAGUGUGAUCUGCCUAAUGGAACCCCCCCCCUCCUCCCCUUAUGCCUUGGGCUGAUCACAGAGACUCACCAAUAGAAAGCGUAAAGACAGUAUGACCUCAUCAUGGGCCACGUGUGUAUGCCUGACUGUCCUACAUGUGUUUUUCUCUGGUCAGUACACCCUGUAGAUGACCCACUCCCCCCCAUGCUUCUAAGAAUGACCUGCAGGACCUGUAGUUGAUUAAAGAUAGCUUGGGGACGAAAGUCAAUGCUUUUCAUGAACUACAAUGUGUCAAUGUUAUGUCAAGCUACUGAGUGGAUUUGUUAGAAAUGUUAACACUGUAAUCUUCAAAGACACCAUUGUGUUGUGUGAGUCAGUUGAACUAACAAGACAGGGGUUCAUCUAACCUACCUUAGACCCAGCCUUAUCUGAAGAGGAGUGACAGAGAAGGCAGUGAAUGUAAUUGCACAUUUGAUGUGAUAAACCAAUACUGACAUUUGUCAUACCAUACCAUUGUAUUGUAUUUGAGGGGGGUUCAAUAUCAAAAUCACCAAAUGAGGUUACUUCUGUAUUCAGCUUGAGUUUGAUACAUUUUGCUUUGGAACCUGUGAAAGUCUUUAUGCCUUUUGUCACCCAGACAUGAUUUUUUAAGUCCAUGUCUUGCUCUAGUAGUGUCGGGCAUAACAGCACUACAAAAUGCAUUCCCAACUGUAGAUUGUAUUUUUAAUGAUUGACAUUGUUCUGCUGCCUUUUCUUUUAUGAUACAUUACCAAAACGUUUGUCUUUGACAUUGUUUUCAUAAUUAUAAACACUUUUUUCUAUGCUUUAUUUUGUACAUUUUUUAUUUGUACCCAAAUA